GAACGCUCCUCUCCUGGUCUACUCCACACUCACCAUCACUACUGGCCAAUGGUGGCGCUUCACCACCUGCUGCUGUCUCCUCCCAGAAAAGCAGCAGCAGCCAGUCUGAAGGGUCAUCCUCUCAUGAAGCCAGAGAGACAACAAGAUGCUGGUGGUCUUUCUGCUCCUCAUAGCUGCAACAGGCCUGUGUGCUGGACGUCAGUAUCAUGUCAUUAAUGAAAAGAAGACUUUUACUGAAGCACAGCGUUACUGCAGAGAGAAUUACACAGACCUGGCCACUGUGGACAGCAUGGAGGAUGUGGAAAUCCUGAACAGAACGGCAGAAACAGCAGGAGUUUCCUCUGUCGCCUGGAUCGGACUGUACGAUGACGUGAACAGCUGGAGGUGGUCACUGUCAAACACAAGCUUCUACAGACCAGGAGAGGAGGAGUUCAGACGAUGGGCUACUGGAGAACCAGACAAUUACCGCAGUGCUGAAUACUGCACAGUGAUGAAUGAGGAAGGACGAUGGUACGAUCUUGGAUGCAAAGCCAACAAUCAGGCGGUGUGCUGUGAUGUGAGAGGGCAGGAUGUGACAUUUGUCCUCACUCACUCCAUGACCUGGACCAGGGCCCAGAGCUACUGUAGAGAACAACACACAGACCUGGCCAGUGUGAGAAACCAGGCAGAGAACCAGAAGGUCCAGGAGCUGGUUCCAGCAGGAAGAUAUGUCUGGUUCGGCCUUUUCAGAGUCUCCUGGAAGUGGUCCGAUGGAAGCAGCUCCUCGUUCAGACACUGGCUGUCAGGGCAACCUGAUAACAACUGGGGGAGGAAGGAGGAUUGUGCAGCAGUAGAUUUCAGCUCCUCUGGAAGAUGGAGGGAUAGGAACUGUGACCUGAAGUAUCCAUUCAUCUGCUCCAGUCCAGCUCCGACCACUUCUACAACAACACAGGAGACAACAGGAGCUCCGACCACUUCUACAACAACACAGGAGACAACAGGAGCUCCGACCACUUCUACAACAACACAGAGUUUAGACUCCAGUUCAGGAAGCUCCACAACUCCACCCACUGAGACAACAGGAGCUCACACAGAUCUGUGGAUGAUUGUGGUCGUGAGUGUUGCCAUCAUCAUCACCUUCAUCAUCAUCUUCAACAUCUCACAGCUGGCACUGAUGAUAAUCUGUUUUCGGAAGAUCUCCAGCAGGAAAACCAUAGACUGUAUGAGGAAAACAGUCAGCACAAACAUGGAGCUCUAUGCCAACUAUCCUCCAGUCGCUGCAGAUGAAGACUCCACCUACGAGAGUAUCGAUCCAGUGGGCAGGGACCAGAACCAGAUCCACCAUACACCCCCAUAAGCCUCAAGAGUCCUGAGCCCUGUACUACCGAGCUAGAUUUGAUGGUUAUUGAGGUAACUUCAGCUCUAACCCUGGGUGUUUGGUAUCAUGAAGGUGGUUCUCUUUUAAUCUGGCUAGAUCACCAUGGCAACUCAUGCUGAGAAGCUAACCUGGUUGGGACCAGGUUAUGUUCUAGACAAGAGAUCAGCGUCUAUAAAAGCCCCGCCUACUGACCAAUCAAUUCUCCUUGAAAAUGGCGUCACCUUUUUGGAAGAUCCUGUGGAUCUUGGGCCGCAGGUCUCUGAGGAGGGCGAGAGUUUUUUGAGGCCGACAAAACCCGUUAGAGACCCAGAAGAAUAUUUAUAUGAGAAAUACAGAUCUACUAUCUGGCCCACUAGAAAUUUAAACAUGUUGAGUCGUAAUGUUACGUUAAUAUCACCAAACGGAGCCGUGCAGUUACAGUCGAGUUACUGUGUGUAACAUAGCUGCAGGAAAUUACUCUCACGUAAAAUAAGUUAGCAUACAUUAAUACUUCACUAUAUUAUUAAUCAGUGUGUUUACAUUAAUAC